AUGGGAGUAAUGCGAAUAUACGGCCAAUAUGGGGGGAUAAUAAGUCACACGGUUCGGCCAAAGCCGAUAAGGCCAGUCCUACAGCAACAUCAAAUCUCUUCCCUAACAACAAUCACCCAUUGGAUACCGCCUGACAAUCUCCCUGAUGAAAAUGACAUAGACCAUUUCCGUCAACACUACUUCACCGCUGAGAAACCUGCUGUAUUCCGCUCUGCCGACUUUGCUCGCAACUUACAGGGUUAUCAGAAAUGGUUCGUUGAGCAGAAAGAACGCGGCGUGAGAUUGAAUUAUGAAUACAUAUCACAAUACGGGGAUGCGGUUGUCCCACUUGAGAUGACCACCACCACAACCUCAUCAGAACCAUCCUCAGGAGGAGGUGAACAAAUCCAAUUCAAACGUCUGCACGCGCCAUUAUCAAUGUUUCUAGCAUAUACUCAAUCUCCCCCAUCACCACAGAAUAAAACAACCAUCUACCUCGCGCAAGCACACAUCUCCGACCUCCCACCACAACUCUCCUCGGAUUUUUCUCCUGCUCCAAGGAUAGUCACAGAAACCGGCAAGAACGACAUUUAUGCCGCAAAUCUCUGGAUUGGUGCUCCGCCGACAUAUACGCCUCUCCAUAAGGAUCCGAAUCCGAAUUUAUUUGUGCAGUUGGCUGGACUUAAACAUGUGCGACUCUUAGGGCCGGGGGAUGGGAUGGGUGUUUUUAUGUAUGUGAGGAAUCAAGUCGCUAGUGAUAGUGGUAAUGGGGGUGGUGGAGCUGCGAUUCGAGGGGAGGAAAUGAUGAUGGGGUUGGAGAGAAAGCUGCUUGAGGAUGUUAUUUGGGGCGAUAAUCACUCAGAUACUGCGACAGACAGUAGUGGCAAGGGCAUGGUCGGGUAUGAUGUUUUGCUAGAGAGAGGGGAUGUAUUGUUUAUUCCCAAGGGGUGGUGGCAUAGUCUCAAGGGGGUGGGGGAGGGGAUUACUUCUUCGGUCAAUUGGUGGUUUAGAUGA